AUGGAAAAAGGAACUGAAGAAGUGUACAGAAGUGAAGAAGAAGAAAACUCAGAAGAGUUAGAAGAUAACGUUUUCCCGGAUGAAACAGCAAAUUUUGAGCCCACGAACGUGGUAAAAGAAACCUCUCCAAAAACCGAAGCAGUAGAUAAUGAGACCAAGCAAGGGGUAAAAGUGACCGUUUCUCCAAAAACCGAAGCAGUAGAUAAUGAGACCAACAAAGUGAAUGUAACCGCUUCUCCAAAAACCAAUGAUGAGUCCACGACCAAGCGGGGUGAGAAUGUCGAGCGUAUGUAUGAGUUAGAAGAAAAUGUCCCUCUAAAAACUGGGCAUUGGCAUUCAAAUAUGUUCGUGAUAGUGAGUCGAAAAGAGCACAAAGCUGUCGCUUAUGUUGGAACAAAUGGAGCCUUGUAAGU